AUGUUCAAAAAACCUUCAUCAAACAUUAAAAAUUUUUCCUUAUUAAGAAGUUCGGAUCGUAGAAGAUUUAAGGAAGAAAUAUUAAAAAAGUUUCCAUCAUUAGAAUCAUCACUUCAUACCUUAACCGAAUCCACAACAGAUAUAACAGAAUCUCCAAUAAAUUCAUUUUUUGUACCAGAGCAUAUUCAAUCAGCUAAAUUUGUUUCAAAUGCGGGUACACAUGGUGUAAUUUACAUAACUAACGAAAAGCAACCUAUUUGGUUUAGGAUAGAUAAAGAUAAAAAGGACAUUUUGGUUCCAUGUGUUUAUACCUUGUGGAAAUUUCCGGAUAUGUUACCAAAAAUACCAACUUUCACACCUGUAAUUUCUAAACUGACAGGAGGAGCUAAUUUAAUGAUUCCAGGUAUUGCAUUUCCUUCUGAAGGUUUGCCUGAAGUAAAUGAAGGUGAACUUGUAUCUAUUGUGAUCAGAGAUUUAAACAUACCAAUGGCUGUAGGGACAAUGAAUAUAUCAACAAAAUUACUUAAACCUGGAUCAACUCGCAAGGGAGUUGCGGUUAUUAUAUUUCAUGUAUUUGGUGAUUAUUUAUGGAGUAUGGGUGAUCGAUCUAGCCCACCUGAACUAUCUGAUGUUGAAUUAUGUCAAGAAGCUGUUGAGGCCGAUACAUCAGAAUCGAAAGUUGCUGAAAUAUCUGAAGUGAUGGUUGAAAAUGAUGAAAGUUUACAUAAAGAAUUAUCAAUUUCCGAGGUGGAUAGCUUACUAGAAGCUUCAUUUUAUCAAGCGUUAUUGGAAAAAUUAACACCUACCACUCCAUUGCCGAUGGCAACUUCACAAUUUUACUCUGCAUAUAUUUUGCCAUGUCGUCCUGUUGGUACUGAUAAUGAAGUUGACAUUAAAAAGUCAAGUUAUAAAAAGGUAUCAAAAUUCUUGAAAGCUAUGGAAAAAAAGGGAGUUAUCAAAAUAAAAGAAUCUAAUCAAGAUUUGAUCCUUAAUCACGUCAAUUGGAAACAUGAAAAUUUAGAUGCAUUUCGACCUCACAAAACUAUCGAAAGUGCUAUAAAUGAAGUUGAAACACAAGCGUCAUCUUCAGUUUUGGGAUCUAUGCAAAUUCAAGUUAAGGAAGUGUUUAAGCCGAAAGGUGCCAUUAUAGACUUAUUUAAAGCUCAAGGGCAAAAUAUCGUUGAGGAUACUACAUAUGAAUAUAAAGAAAUUAAAACGAUCAUUUCGAACUACCUUAAAUCUCAUAAUCUUUCCGAUAAACAAAAUCGAAGAUUGGUUAUUCCCGACGAACAAAUUCGAGAAGCUUUAGUAACUAAAUCAGGAGAAAGAAUUCCUGAAAAGUGGACAAGGGAUGAUUUAGUACAACAAAUACAAUUAAAAAUGGAACCCUGUCAUUAUGUCAUAUUUCCUGAUCAUGAUCCUGAAUUGAGGAAAGGUUCACCAAAACGUAUUCAAAUAUCAGAAUUGAAACGUGUAGGAAAUAAAGUUGUUACUACGAUUUGUGGAUUAGAAGCAUAUAGAAUAAAUCCUAAUGAUUUAAUAGAACCUCUUAAAAAAUUAUGUGCAAGUAGUGUUGCAGUUAAUCCAACACUUCAAUCUUCACCAAAGAAACCUUUAAUGGAAGUUAUGAUACAAGGGCCACAAACUAAACAAGUUAAAAAUUAUUUGAUAAAUACAAAAGGAUGUCCUGAAAAAUAUAUUGAAAUUAAGUUG